AAAUUUAAUUAAAAAUGUCUGUUAUUUACAAACUAAAUGUUAUUUAUUUUUUGUUUUUUAUUUUAUUAUUUGUGAUGACAAAUGGGGAACAAGAUGUCUGGGAACUGAUAGACGCGAGUGUGUAUGARUACGGACUGGUUAUUGAUUGUAAACCAUUACCCGAUAGUCAACGCGAUAUCGACAACAUAUGUGCGGCAAUUAAAAAGCAAAAUAAAAAUGAUGAACAAAAAGAAAUUGCCGCUGCCACCAAAUWUUUUGUAGACUAUUUYGAGUCGACCAACAAUACUGUUGUUAAAAGUUUGCUUUCAAAUGAGAUAAUUGUCGAUCUCUAUCGAACCUCACUGUCAUACUGUCGACUACCCGAUCCCAUCAAAGUUGGACACACCUAYAAUACCAGAUUGAAACAGUCGUGUCAAUUGCACCGUCAGUUUUUAGAUGAACUAUUGUCGACUACCAGACAUACAAAAGUUGAAAAAAUUAUUUGUUUGGCAAAAUUAUAUGCUAAAAAAUAUAUACAAUUACAAUCUAAACAAUAUGGUACUCAAAAAUUUGUGGAAAGUGCUCUGAAUGCGUUUGUUAAGAUAGCACAGUCAGGUGCCAAACUGGCAAUGGUUAAGGAWRUUCAAGGAUGUCAACCAAACAAAUUGACCACAAAUUACUUGACUUCUAAAUACAAAUCAAUUUUAACUGCAAUGAUCUGGGCUUUCGAUGAGGCCUUCCAUAAGGUCUCAUACUUUAAUAGUGACAAUGACUAA